UGACUGUGGAGAAGCCUCUUCAUAUCUCAUUCCAGAUUCUCUGGUGUGUUGUUGAGCAUCAAACAUCGGCUGGACUGCGCACGCCUAACGGACCAACCACGUGCUUCAAGCCAACACAGUGGUUUGCCCACCGAAGCAAUCAAUUCUUUGCAUCCCCCAAACAAAAACGAAUCAAUCGACCGUGCGCGACGUGUUGAAUUCGUCGCCUUUGUCGUUAUUUCUGGUAAGUACGCAGUGAGUAAUUGAUUGAGAUCUCCACUUUUGCAAUCUUGUUACCGUCCGAGGUCCGUCCCAGUUUGCAAAACGCUGUUCCCACUCGACGUUGGAGCUAGGCGAUCGUGGGAGUGAUCAGGAUCACCUUACUCGCCCACCACCUUCAACCCAACGCCCUCGUCGCAGCCUUGCGAUAAAUAACCGAAACCAUAACUGGCCCUCUACUGUCUCCCUCUCUACGAAUACCAUCCCCGGCACCUCCGUUCGCCGGUCACAAUAGCAACGAUGGCGGCACGAAAACUGCAACAAGAAGUCGACAAGUGCUUCAAGAAGGUGGCAGAAGGUGUUGCCGAAUUCGAGUCCAUCUACGAGAAGAUCGAGCAAUCGAGUAACAUAUCGCAAAAGGAGAAAUAUGAGGACCAACUCAAGAGAGAGAUCAAGAAGCUGCAGCGUCUGCGUGAUCAGAUAAAAACGUGGGCAGCCAGCAAUGACAUCAAGGACAAGGCCCCAUUACUAGAGAACAGGAGAAAGAUCGAAACGCAAAUGGAGAGGUUUAAAGCCGUCGAGAAGGCUAUGAAAACAAAAGCCUACUCCAAAGAAGGACUCUCGGCCGCGGCCAAGCUCGAUCCCAAAGAGCAGGCCAAGGCUGAAGCGAGCGAGUUCCUUGGAAACAUGAUCGACACCCUCGAACUACAAAUCGAGGCGCUUGAGGCCGAGGCGGAGCAAAUACAGGCCACUGUCAAAAAGGGCAAAAUACAAGGUGCUAAGGCGGAGCGCAUGGCCAACAUCGAGCAAAUAAUCGAAAGGCACAAAUGGCAUCAAGGCAAGCUAGAGUUGAUUCGGCGGUCAUUAGAAAAUGGCGGGGUCGACACUGAGCAGGUCACGGACAUUGAGGAGAACAUACGAUACUAUGUCAGCGAUGGCAUGCAGGACGACUUCAUGGACGACGACACAUUAUACGACGAUUUAGCGCUCGGCGAGGAGGAAGAUGCCUACGGCAUGAACCAAGAUAACGACAAGGGCUCAUCCCAGGACGCGCAGUCGGUACACGAGGAUUCUUUGGAAGACACGAGACCAACGCCACCCGCACCGACUGCGAAGCCACGAGCCGCAGCGGUAGAGGCAACAGUGGCCGCCGGCCGCAGGCCAUCAACGCAAAUGAAGUCUCCGUUACCGACAUUAGCGACCUUGCAUACGCCACUACCAACCAUUAGCAACGGUUCAUCGAGUAGUGCCGGGAUGAAGCCGGCGCCGGCACCGACAAGGCCGGCCGGCGAGGGUCUUAAAUAUGCGUCUGCCGCUGCUGCCGCCGCCGCAAGCGAUAAGAACAAUGUGGGAAUUGCACCGCUUCCCCCACCACCGGGAGCUGCUCCUAUAUCAACCAUCUCAUCACAAGCCAAGGCUAGCGCGGCAAACUCUCCAAUCGUUAUGGCUGCACAGCCUGCAGUUUCUGCCGCAUCUCAACCGCAAACGCAACCACCGGCUGCAGUUGCUAGCCCCGCAAAGACCGAAAAUGCAAAGCCUGCAUCAAGUAGGAGUACAGGCAAGGCGCCCGCCACAUCAAAUACAUCAGCUUCUGAGUCUAGUGACGCCGCGGGCAAGGCCAGCAGCUCAAAACCGAGAAAGGGCGCCUUGGGAGAUGUGGCAAAUCAACCCUCAUCGACCACCUCACAUACCAACGGUGUUACGAAUGGUGUCAAGUCAAAGGCCAAGGGAAAGUCAGGAAAGGGUCAGUCACAAGUUCAGUCGCAAGAGGAGUCAGCAGAGGAGGAAUCUAUCUACCACCUACCAGCAUCUCUUCAAGACCUCGUAGACUCGUACGAGAUGUCCAAGAAGCGCCCGGCUCAAGCAAACUCGACGUCGACGCUAAGGGCGAUGUCGCACUCGCAAGCAAAUCUCCCCGAUUUAACGGAUGCAGAGGCACCAUCAUCCUACCAACCAGAGGUCAGGGUACAGUCUUCAUCCGAGUACCCGCAAGAAUUGUUGCCAAUCUUCAGCGAUGUGCGGUUGUACAACAGGCUGGACACGGAUACACUGUUCUACAUCUUCUACUAUAAGCAGGGCACCUACCAGCAGUAUUUAGCUGCCAAGGCGCUCAAGGAGCAAAGCUGGCGUUUCCACAAGCAGUACCAAACCUGGUUCCAACGCCACGAGGAGCCCAAGAACAUUACCGAGGAGUUUGAGCAAGGCACAUAUCGCUUCUUUGACUAUGAAAGCACCUGGAUGAACCGGAGGAAAGCGGACUUCAAGUUCGCCUACAAGUUCCUCGAGGAUGAAGUCUAAAGUUGCUCUUCACUUGACAGUCGAUGUGCCGUUUCUACCAUCUCUUCUCCUUCUCUUCCAUACCUGGGUAACCUAGCACACGAGUGAAUACGGCCAAUGGCCAUAUUCCUGCGUUAUCUCGGAAGAGUCGUUCUUACUCCUUUUUUUGUCGUUUGUUACCUGCUUUCACCGGUCUGCGGUCUAGCAGUCAGGUGUAUCCGGCGUCUAUGGUGCGGUAUGGAUUGGACCAACUCCGUACAGGAAUGCAAAGAUGGCCAUAUCUUUGGACUGCCUUUGGUCGCAGGGCGGAGUCGUUCGUCUCCGUUUUAUUUGAUCGGAAUCAUGUUUUGUUAGUGUUGCAAACAGAUGACAUAGAUGUGCGAAUGCUAGCUAGCAACGUCGGAG